AUGCUUGGCGCUGCCCGCCUGACGAAUGCGAAGAAAGCCCGAGGAAGGCGCCCGAACGUCAGCGACUGUGAAACCACGGGGCAGCUGACCAGCGCUAACAGCUUAGAGAAUCAGCCCGUGCGAGGGGCCUGUGUUCCCACCCAUCCUGUCGCCGUGUCCUUUGCCGGCAUUAGGACAGAGGCUGCCGUUCCAUGCGGACGUGUUGCUGUCCUGUGUGUUGCAUCCUGCCCACGUGAUUCUCUUUGUGGCCAGAUGGGUUUGUAUGGACAGGCUUGUCCAUCUGUAACUUCAUUAAGGAUGACAUCUGAAUUGGAGAGCAGCCUUACAUCUAUGGACUGGUUACCACAGCUCACCAUGAGAGCAGCCAUCCAAAAAUCUGAUGCUACACAGAAUGCACAUGGAACAGGAAUUUCCAAGAAGAAUGCACUCCUUGACCCCAAUACAACCCUGGACCAGGAAGAAGUCCAACAGCACAAAGAUGGGAAACCUCCAUACAGUUAUGCCAGCCUCAUUACAUUUGCAAUUAAUAGCUCACCCAAAAAGAAAAUGACACUAAGUGAGAUUUACCAGUGGAUUUGUGAUAACUUCCCAUAUUAUAGAGAGGCUGGCAGUGGUUGGAAGAAUUCCAUAAGACAUAAUCUGUCGCUGAACAAGUGUUUCCUUAAAGUGCCUCGAUCCAAGGAUGACCCCGGAAAGGGGUCCUAUUGGGCAAUAGACACCAAUCCGAAGGAGGAUGCACUGCCUACUCGGCCAAAGAAGAGAGCACGAUCUGUAGAACGGGCCUCAACUCCAUAUAGCAUAGAUUCAGAUUCUUUGGGAAUGGAGUGUAUUAUUUCGGGAAGUGCCUCUCCAACUCUGGCAAUCAACACUGUGACUAACAAAGUAACAUUGUACAACACUGAUCAGGAUGGUAGUGAUAGCCCACGCAGUAGCCUUAACAACAGUCUCUCAGACCAGAGUUUGGCAUCUGUUAAUUUAAACAGUGUUGGAAGUGUGCAUAGUUAUACACCGGUAACAAACCAUCCAGAACCAGUCUCUCAGUCAUUAACUCCUCAACAGCAGCCACAGUACAACCUUCCAGAACGAGAUAAACAACUACUUUUCUCAGAAUAUAAUUUUGAAGAUCUCAGUGCCUCAUUUCGGAGCCUUUAUAAGUCAGUUUUUGAGCAGUCACUUAGUCAACAAGGUUUGAUGAACAUCCCUUCUGAAUCUUCCCAGCAGUCCCAUACUUCGUGUUCCUAUCAGCACUCUCCUAGCAGUACAGUGAGCUCUCACCCACAUGGCAACCAAAGCAGCCUGUCCAACAGUCACGGCAGUGGCCUCAACACCACAGGCAGUAAUUCAGUUGCACAGGUCUCGCUGUCCCACCCCCAGAUACACACACAGCCGUCUCCACAUCCGCCCCAUCGACCACAUGGUUUACCACAGCAUCCGCAGCGUCCUCAGCAUCCCGCACCGCACCCGCAGCAACACAGCCAGCUCCAGUCCCCUCAUCCCCAGCACCCCUCUCCACACCAACACAUGCAGCAUCAUUCGAAUCAUCAGCAUCAGACGUUAACACAUCAGGCCCCCCCACCCCCACAGCAGGUAUCCUGUAACUCUGGUGUUUCAAAUGAUUGGUAUGCAACACUUGAUAUGCUAAAAGAAAGCUGUCGAAUUGCUAGCAGUGUUAAUUGGUCAGAUGUGGACCUUUCACAGUUCCAAGGUUUGAUGGAGAGUAUGAGACAGGCAGACCUCAAGAAUUGGUCUUUAGAUCAGGUUCAAUUUGCUGAUCUCUGUUCUUCUCUUAAUCAGUUCUUUACACAAACUGGCCUUAUCCACUCACAGAGUAAUGUUCAGCAAAAUGUCUGUCAUAGUGCCAUGCAUCCAACAAAACCCUCCCAGCACAUUGGAACAGGAAAUUUGUACAUAGACUCCAGGCAAAAUCUCCCUCCUUCAGUGAUGCCACCUCCUGGUUAUCCUCAUAUCCCACAGGCACUCAGCACUCCAGGAACAACGAUUACAGGCCACCACGGAGCCAUGAACCAGCAGCACAUGAUGCCUUCCCCAGCCUUCCAGAUGCGGCGCUCUUUGCCUCCAGAUGACAUCCAGGAUGACUUUGAUUGGGAUUCAAUUGUGUAGAGCUUGUUUCUGCAAGGCACAGACCCCAGCGCCGCCUUUCUGUCCAGUGAAGGGAAAGGUUUAAGAGAAUCCAGUUGAGAAAACAAAGUUGCUAAUCACUUUACAAUGUUAGCAAAAUUUCUUUUGAAGACAAUCAAAAAGAUUUUAGCUGGAUAACUUUGCUUUUAUCUGACCCAAACAAAUACUACAUGUCUGUCUCCCUCCCAGCUCCCCUAUGUAGCUCCUAACUGUUGUGUGAUUUAAACAGCUUUUGCAUAUUUGUGUCAAUUUGAUGUUGACCACAAGUGCCAGACUGAUUUUUCAGACAGAGCCUAUUUUGCUGCAAGCAGUUUAUAGAUACAUAUGUGUAAAUAUAUGUACAAAAUUUACUGAAAGGCUUCAAUUUUCUAAUUGGAUUAUUAGAUCUUGAAAAGAAAGUUACUGUGAGUUUUUAUUCCUGGUUAGGCUAUUUUCUGCAGGAUGCUUUUAACUGAUGUGGGCAACUGAAAGGAAAUAGUAUUUUUCAAAGCCCAGUUCCCCUUAUUUAAUCUUUUCAGAAAUGUGGGUAUUGAGUCCUACCCAGUAAGUCAAAGAACCCAGAGUUUGAUACGCUCCGAACAGUCCAAAGGGGCAAGUUCUUCCUGAGCAGCAUAAAGAACUGACCAAAUUUGUUUUGAUGCUUGGGGAUUGUAGAGUUUAUGUUGUACCUUGUCAAUGUCUGUUUUCCUAAGUCUGCAUUAUAACAGCUUUAAAAUUUAUUUGAUUGAUUAGAAGCUGGACAUUGCUUGGCUCUUUAAACAAAUCGAUGUCUCCACUUAUUUAUUCAAAAGUGUUAUUUUAAUAUUUAUUGCUACCUUUUGUGAACGCUCAGUUCUAAUUGGGUUCAUUAAGGAGAAAUGGGGUGUCUGAAAGCACAGAAUUAUUUUUCUUGAUAAGAGUUUACAGUCAAGACAAUCAGAGGGAUUGUGUUGUUCUCAUUGUCAUCACUCCUCAUACCAUGUGAGUGUAUUUCUCUGUCUUAGCAUUCCUGCUGAUUGAGACUUAUUAGCUAAAUAGGAUUUUUUCUGGAAUUUGAAUCAGUUCAUUUGGACAACAAAUGGCAGGGCAUUGUUUAUAAAGCAAGUUUCCCCACUCAUUCUCUCUCCACUUAGGAAGCACUGACAGGAUAGAGCCACACGUAUUGCUACGUGGCCUGCUGUGUCUGUUGUCCUGUGUUUCUGAGAUUGCAUGACAUUUGGUCACUGUCUUUGAAAUGCAGCCUGCCUCUUAGGGGUUUUAUUAGUUGUUGUUUAUGAUUUUGUUCCAUAUCAUAUCACAGUUACUUUGCAUGGAUUGAUUGUCUUAGUUUUAUAGUAAAACUAAAAGAAAUGAAUUGAUUUUAAAAAAUGAGUAGAUUAUGAUUGGUUCUUUAGACAAAAAACCCCCACAAAAAACCAACAAUUUCUUCCAGUUCCAAUGGGGAAAUAUGUACCAUCAAAUCAGGGAGUUAAUACCUGCUCACUGGUUGCUUUUUAGCAUUUCUAGUCUCUAUCAGCCAUGCUUAAAUCACUUAAAUUAGCUUAGUGAUUCUGUGGUUGAAUAAUCUCUACUUGAACUAAACAAACAUCUUUGUUUCUAUACAUGUGUAUGUGAGAGUGUUUGAACAUGUGUGGGUAUUUUUUUUUUUUUUCCAAUGGCGUGUUGCCUUGAGUGAAUCACUGGGAAGCCAGCCAUGGUAAAGGCUGGUGAGGUUGGGGAGAAGGGAAGGGCUUUAUGUUCCUGUUGUUUGGACCCUGCUUGGCAUAAAAAAGGAAGCUUAGUUCCAGCCCCUUGGAUCAGUGAACAUCAGAGGAUUCUGGAAAGGCAGCCAACAGGCCCCUCUUAUAUGGAUCAGAGGCAAGAUGAGCUAGCAGCCUGCACAGUAAAAGCUUGAAAAAAGGGUGUGUUGUGUGUGUGAUUUUCAGUAGUCUGCUCAAGUCACUGUUUUCUGGAUACCACAAUGACUGUUUUGACACUUCUAAUUGCUUGGGUAGCAAUGCGCACUUUAAACAAUUUGGGUAUUGGAAUGCAGUCUCUUAUGUUAAAUGAUCUGAGUAGAAACCACUGAUGAAGAUUUUUCAAAUUGUGUGAAGCUAAUUUCCUACUUGGUAAUUAUUUACUGAUUUGCAGUGAUCAAUAUUUUUGUAAGAAUUUAAACUUACCAAGAAUGGCACUGGAGGCAGAGCCUCCAUCCAGACCCAUCCCAACCUUGUGAUUCAGUGACCUGGGAGCCCAGGACAGGCCUCAGGGGGCUCCAGCCAGACAGGGCUACCUCGUGAGGUGCAGAGCAUCCCUCUAGUGGCCAUUUCAGUUGGUAAUUGUUAAUUCAGAGUAAGUUCUGUCUUGGGCUUAAAUUGACUGAAGACUUUUGGGGGAAAAGAAUAAUAAAUGCAUAUAAUCAAUUGGGGGUACUCUGUCCAGGAGAAUAAUCCGACUGGCAUUUGUGGCAGUUUUUGAAAUGUAAAUGUAUCCAUGUGUGUACUUGUAAAUACGUGUCUCUCAGAUGUCCUUUGAAGUGGGGGGGGGUCAAUCGGGAUAAUUUCAAAUGGAAUAGAGUAUUUUGAUAUUGUUCAGAGGGCGAUGUGUACAUAUCUAUAUUGUAUAUAUGUGAUGAAGAUGCAUUGGCUUUUUGUGCAAACACAAUCUGCUCUCUGUACUGCUGUUGGACAGUCAGUGUUUUAAUGUUUCUACAGUUUUGCUAUUGCACGAUUUCAUAUUUUGCCUCUAUGAUGAACGGCACCCAUUCUUUGUAACUGUUUAGUGCUGUAAAGAAAUAUUCCAAGUGUCAUUAGGAUUGUUGCUGCCAGAAUUGAUAUGCAUGAAUGGCACUUAAAAUAAAUAUGUUAACUCUAUAA